GAACUUGAACUUCAGUCCGUUCAAAAUGUUCGCCAAGGCUGUAACACUCGUUCUCGCCGCAACUUUUGUUGCAGCGACCUCGAACCCCUCAACCUUGGAAUGCCAACCGAAGCGUUACAUCGUCUUCAACUACGCCGAAGUUCCGUUUUUCGCCGCUUGGCGCCUAUGCGAAUCGUACGGAUUCCAGCUGGCCACGGUCCGGAACCCCUCCGAGGAUGCCCAACUGCAGCGGACGCUGAAGAACACGGACCCCACCCUGCUGGGACCGUGGUGGAUCGCCGGAACGGACCUGGGCAACGAGGGCCAGUUCGUGUGGCUGUCCAGCGGGAAGGCGGUCGAGUACCAGACCGGCUACCGGAACUUUGCCCCGGGACAGCCGGACAACCGGAACGGCGCGGAGCACUGCCUGGAGGUGGGCUGGUCGACUGGAACGACGCACUGGACCGAUAAGAACUGCGAUGAGAAGAAGCGCUUCAUUUGCGAGGCACGUGGGCCGCUGACUUGUUGAUAAGACAGUUUGAAUAAAACUUGAGAAAUUGAUUGCAUAA